UUUUGGGGGGAUGUGGGGGGGCUGCAAAGUGACGGCUGCAGGCGGCUCAGAGGAGCGCAGCAUCUGAGCGGGACCAGACGGCGUGUGUCCAGUCCGGAGGAUCCCCCCACGAAAGCUCGGGACCCUUAUGGCUGCUUGAGAGCCCCCCACCCCUCCCCUCCACCUCAACACUAUUCCUCCCCCAUUCCCCCACUUUUUUUUUUCCUUCCUCUUCUUUUUUCCUGCUCGUCAAGCGAUCACAAGCGGCCGCGGGUCCGACUUGAGUUGAGCUGCGAAGAGCCGUGGUGCACUCAAGGCAGGCGGCCAUGGAUACCCCCAUCAGAUGGAAAGUUAAACGGAGGUUAAGGGACGCCCUGAUCUCCCUGGUUGUCAUUUUGCUUUUUGUCACAUCGCCAGCGAGUUCAGCGGAACCAGCAAACCUCUUGAAGAUUUUAGAUUUUCCCAGUUUACCCGAAGGUGUCACGAAAACAACAGGCUUCUGCUCGAAUCGGCGGUCGUCGCAAGGACCCGACGUGGCCUACCGAGUAUCCAAAGAGGCGCAACUCAGCGCACCCACCAAACAGCUGUAUCCAGGUGAUGUAUUCCCCCGGGACUUUUCCAUCUUGGCCACGGUGAAGCCCAAGAAGGGCAGCCAGUCGUUCCUGUUGUCCGUGUACAACGAGCAGGGAAUCCAGCAACUCGGGCUGGAAAUGGGGCGCUCGCCCGUCUUCCUCUACGAGGACCACACAGGAAAGCCCGGACCAGAGGACUACCCGCUCUUCCGGGGGAUCAACCUGGCUGAUGGAAAGUGGCAUCGAGUGGCCAUCAGUGUCCACAAGCAGACCAUCACCCUCAUUCUGGACUGUAAAAAGAAGAGCGCCCAGAAGCUUCUCCGAUCUGCCCACCCCAUCAUCGACACCAAAGGAAUUAUCGUGUUCGGAACAAGAAUACUUGAUGAAGAAGUCUUUGAGGGAGACAUCCAGCAGCUAAUGAUUGUAGCAGACCACCGCGCCGCCUAUGACUACUGCGAGCACUACAGCCCCGACUGCGAGGUGGCCGUGCCCGACCAGCCGCAAAACCAGGACCCCAACACCGACGACUACAACACAGAGGAGGACAGCUACUAUUAUGAGUACCCCUACUACGAGGAUGUGGACGGAAAGCCCCUCGAGUCAACUUCCGACAACGAGGAGACAACUACUGAAGUCAAGGUGACGGACGGGGGUACCCUGGCGUCCAAAGUGGAGGAGGUCGUGGGAGCCACUGGCACGGGUGGCAAAGUCAUCUCUUCGUCUUCCAGCUCGGGUUCGUCCUCCAGCAGCUCUUCAGCGAGCGCCACUGACGAUGCUGGCGCGUACGAUGGCUACAACACCUACGAGACCUACGAGAACUACUACGACGAGCUGACGCCGUCACCUGAGGCCGACGGCUCUCAGCGCAUCACCAUCACCAGCACUGGCACCGGCGAUAAACUGGACCUGGGAGCAGUGGGAAAGGUUGACCUGGGUGCAGGAAGUGCAGUGGAAACCAGGCUUAUCAGUGGUGGUGGUGGCGGUGGAUCUUCCAUCACCAUUAAUAAAACAACACUUGGAACUGCCUAUGGCGACUACGGAGAUUACGGCGAUGGGGAUUACGGUGUGGACAGCCACGUGACAACCAGUGGAGGCAGCAGCAGCCGUACAGUUAACAUCGGCGGUGGAGGCAGCAGCGGCAGCAGCACCAUCCAUCUUGGCGGUGGGGGCGGCGGCGGCGGCGGCAGCAGCAUCAACCUCGGCGCCGGCAGCAGCGCCGUCGACCUCGGCCUUGCCGGUGGCGCCCUUGACCUGGGCGGCGGCAGCAGCAGUACCAUCGACCUUGGUGGCGGAAGUAGCAGCACCAUCAGGCUGGGCGGCGGAGGCAGCAGCAGCAGCAUAGACCUCGGUCUUGGAGGUGGUAGCAGUAGUGGCACCAUCAACCUGGGCGGUGGUGGUUCCGUGUCAGCGGGAGGCUCUUCCACAGUCGGGGGCGGAUCGGCCAGCGCAGGAGCCGGAGCCGGCGGUUCCAUCGCCACCGGAACCGGCCUGGGCAUUGAGGGUGACGGGGACUACACGGACCUGGACAUCUUCAAAGAGGAGCACAUCAAUAACUAUGACGAUUUGGAUCUGAAUAUUUACGACGACAACUACGACGACCUGGAAUAUCAUGACAAAGGUUCCAAAGUGCUUCCCGCCGAAACCAACGAGUAUUAUGGACAGGUCGAUGGCGUUCGCGGCGAGAAGGGAGAGAAGGGAGAACCGGCUAUCAUCGAACCUGGAAUGCUGGUGGAAGGUCCGCCUGGGCCUGAGGGAUCAGCGGGUCUUCCUGGACCCGCGGGUGCCUCCGGCUCACCGGGCAUUGCUGGAGAAACCGGCGAGAGGGGUCUUCCGGGUCGUCCUGGUCUUCCUGGUGCUGAUGGUCUUCCCGGGCCCCCUGGCACUGUCCUCAUGCUGCCUUUCCGAUUCAGCGCCGGUGGAGACUCCGGGCAGAAGGGCCCCGCCGUGUCAGCUCAGGAGGCCCAGAUGCAGGCCAUCAUGCAGCAGGCCCGGCUGGCGAUGCGCGGAUCGACCGGUCCGAUGGGUCUGACCGGCAGGACCGGCCCGUUGGGUCCUCCUGGUAUCGCGGGACUGAAGGGAGAGUCCGGAGAGGCGGGUCCUCAGGGUCCACGGGGACCAUUGGGAUCAUCUGGGCCUCCUGGAAAGUCCGGCAGAAGGGGUCGCGCCGGAUCUGAUGGCGCCAGGGGAAUGCCAGGCCAAUCUGGACCUAAGGGAGAUCGCGGCUUUGACGGUCUGGCCGGACUUCCUGGCGAAAAAGGACACAGAGGUGAAGCGGGACCCCACGGACCGCCUGGUGCUCCCGGCGAGGAUGGAGAGAGGGGAGAGGACGGAGAGAUCGGACCAAGGGGUCUUCCCGGGGAAUCGGGACCCCGUGGUUUACUGGGACCUAAAGGACCUCAGGGAACUCAGGGACCUCCUGGCGUCACCGGAGCGGACGGCCACUCUGGACCCAAGGGCAACAUCGGACCUCAAGGAGAACCAGGACCUCCUGGUCAGCAAGGCAACCCUGGCGCUCAGGGACUUGCCGGGCCUCAAGGUGCCAUUGGACCUCCCGGAGAUAAGGGUCCAACCGGUAAGCCCGGCUUGCCAGGAAUGCCAGGAGCUGACGGACCACCAGGUCACCCUGGAAAAGAAGGACCUCAUGGAGAGAAGGGACACUUGGGACCCGCCGGCCCUCAAGGACCCAUCGGUUAUCCCGGCCCACGAGGCGUGAAGGGAGCAGACGGCAUUCGCGGCCUGAAAGGAACCAAAGGAGAGAAGGGUGAAGACGGCUUCCUGGGCUUCAAGGGAGACAUGGGUAUCAAGGGUGACAGGGGCGAGUUUGGACCGGCGGGACCCAGAGGAGAAGACGGUCCCGAGGGGCCCAAGGGUCGCUCGGGUCUCCCCGGAGACUCCGGUCCCCUUGGCCCAUCUGGCGAGAAGGGUAAACUCGGAGUGCCCGGCUUGCCCGGAUACCCAGGAAGACAAGGACCAAAGGGAUCGCAAGGCUUCCAAGGCUUCCCUGGUGCUAAUGGAGAGAAAGGAACUCGGGGAACGGCGGGAAAGCCGGGACCGCGUGGCCAGCGAGGACCGACAGGCCCUCGAGGUGAGAGAGGACCAAGGGGACCCACUGGAAAAGCUGGUCCAAAAGGCACCUCAGGGACAGACGGACCACCAGGACCUCUCGGCGAGAGGGGUCUGCCAGGACCUCAGGGACCAACUGGAUUCCCAGGACCGAAGGGCCCACCUGGGCCUGCCGGGAAAGACGGACUUCCCGGACACCCCGGACAGAGAGGAGAGACUGGAUUCCAAGGAAAGACCGGCCCUCCUGGUCCUCCAGGCGUGGUCGGACCCCAGGGACCAACCGGCGAGACUGGACAAAUGGGAGAUCGUGGCCACCCAGGACCCCCAGGUCCACCCGGUGAGCAGGGUCUCCCCGGAGCUGCCGGGAAGGAAGGCGCUAAGGGCGACCCAGGACCCUCUGGCCCAGCCGGAAAGGACGGCCCACCCGGCCCGCGAGGCUUCCCCGGCGAACGAGGCCUGCCCGGCCCUGUGGGGGCUCACGGUCUGAAAGGCAACGAGGGUCCUCACGGCCCACCCGGACCAGCUGGUUCUCCCGGCGAACGUGGUCCUGCUGGCCCUGGCGGACCCACAGGCCUGCCCGGACGCCCCGGCCCCCAGGGACCUCCGGGCCCCGCAGGAGAGAAAGGCGGACCGGGAGAGAAAGGACCUCAAGGGCCAGCUGGAAGAGAUGGUAUUCAGGGACCGGUGGGUCUGCCAGGACCCGGGGGACCCCCCGGACCACCCGGAGAGGACGGAGACAAGGGAGAGCUCGGAGAACCCGGCCAGAAAGGAAGCAAAGGUGACAAAGGCGAACAUGGUCCUCCUGGCCCCACCGGACCACAAGGGCCCGUGGGAGCGCCCGGUCCUGCUGGAGCAGAUGGCGAGCCCGGUCCCAGAGGUCAGCAGGGUCUGUUUGGCCAGAAGGGAGACGAAGGAUCCAGAGGCUUCCCCGGACCCCCGGGCCCAGUUGGGCUGCAAGGCUUGCCCGGUCCACCUGGCGAAAAAGGAGAAACAGGCGAUGUUGGUCAGAUGGGUCCACCCGGCCCGCCUGGACCAAGAGGCCCCUCCGGACCCCCUGGUGCCGACGGACCUCAGGGACCUCCUGGUGGUAUUGGGAACCCCGGUGCUGUUGGCGAGAAAGGAGACGCUGGUGAGACCGGAGAGCCGGGUCUUCAGGGAGACGGCGGUCCACCGGGUCCGAGAGGAGAGCGAGGAGAGAAGGGAGAGGCCGGUCCAGCUGGUACUGCUGGACCACCCGGACCCAAGGGUCCCGCUGGAGAUGACGGUCCCAAAGGAAGCCCUGGUCCGAGCGGUUUCCCUGGUGAUCCAGGUCCCCCCGGAGAGCCCGGUGUAGCUGGCUUAGAUGGCCCACCUGGUGACAAGGGCGACGACGGAGAAGCCGGUCAGGCUGGUUCCCCUGGACCCACUGGAGAGUCAGGUCCCUCUGGACCACCAGGAAAGAGAGGACCACCUGGAGUGACGGGACCGGAGGGAAGACAAGGGGAGAAGGGAACCAAGGGAGAGUCCGGCUUGGAAGGUCCUCAAGGGAAGACCGGUCCCGUUGGACCUCAAGGAUCACCUGGUAAACCUGGUUCUGAAGGUCUGAGGGGAAUCCCUGGCCCUGUCGGGGAGCAAGGUCUACCCGGCGCCCCUGGUCCCGAUGGACCUCCCGGGCCGAUGGGUCCUCCGGGCUUACCUGGUUUGAAAGGAGACUCUGGUAUCAAGGGAGAGAAGGGCCACCCGGGUCUCAUCGGUCUUAUUGGACCACCGGGAGAGCAGGGAGAAAAGGGUGACAGGGGUCUUCCCGGUCCGGCGGGAACUUCUGGUCCCAAAGGAGACAAUGGCAUUGCUGGUCCUUCUGGUCCACUUGGUCCACUUGGUCCGCCUGGAUUACCCGGUCCUGCCGGUCCCAAAGGUGCUAAAGGCUCGUCUGGUCAAACUGGACCAAAGGGAGAGACUGGUUCACCUGGAACUCCAGGCCCACCGGGACCCCCAGGCGACGUCAUCCACCCACUCCCCCUCCAGGCCUCCACCAAGGGCCGCUCACGCAGAAACAUCGACGCUAGCCAGAUGAUGGAUGACGAGGCUGCGGACGCCAACUACAAGGACUACGACGACGGCAUGGAGGAGAUCUUCGGCUCGCUCAACUCGCUCAAGCUGGAGAUCGAGCAGAUGAAGCACCCGCUGGGCACCCAGGCCAACCCUGCCCGCACCUGCAAGGACCUGCAGCUGUGCCACCCGGACUUCCCAGAUGGCGAGUACUGGAUCGAUCCCAACCAGGGCUGCUCCCGGGACUCCUUCAAGGUUUACUGCAACUUCACAGCCGGUGGCGAGAGCUGCAUCUUCCCCGACAAGAAGUCUGAAGGGAGCAAAAUGGCAAAAUGGCCCAAAGACUCACCAGGCACAUGGUAUAGUCACUACAAGAGAGGUUCCCUGCUCUCCUACGUGGACGCCGAGGGCAACCCCAUCGGCGUGGUGCAGAUGACCUUCAUGCGCCUGCUGAGCGCCACCGCCCGCCAGAACCUGACGUACAGCUGCCACCAGUCGGUGGCCUGGCACGAUCAGGAGGGCGACAACUACGACAAGGCCAUUCGCUUCCUGGGCUCCAACGACGAGGAGAUGUCCUUCGACAACAACCCCUACAUCCGAGCCGUGCUGGACGGCUGCGCGUUGAAAAAGGGCUACGACAGGACAGUACUGGAGCUCAACACUCCCAAGGUGGAGCAGGUGCCGUUUGUGGACAUCAUGUUCAACGACUUCGGCGGCCCCACGCAGAAGUUCGGCUUCGAAGUGGGCCCCGUCUGCUUCGUCGGCUAAAGACUGAGCAAAAUAUGGAGGCAAUUUUUCAAAAAACAAAAACAAAAACAAACAACACUUAUUUUUGUUUCUAGGACAAUUCUAUUUGUAAAAAAAGUUUUCUUUUUUUGUUUUGUUUUUUUUCCAUAAAGCAAAAUUCUGUAGGAUGAGAGGAAAUAACCUUGAAACCUCAGCGUGCCUUCUUCUCCUUCACAUGCAAGUUUUGAAAGUGGAUGAUCACACGGUGCCGUUCGCACCGGUGUCAUUCCCCGCCACGGACUCCAUUUCGGCUCCGCCUCCUCCUCCUUCCUGUCGCGCUCGUUCUUCUUUGUUGUCGGGAGCUUUGUUUGUGCAUAAUUGUCCCUCCCCUGCCCUUUUUUUUUUUGUUUGUUUGUUUUUUUUAAUAAAUAUAUAUAAAUAUAUAAAUAUUUUUUAUGUUUGUAAGUACAUUCUGUAUAUUGAUCCUGGUGUUUGUUUUAUUGCUCUACUGGCUUCAAAACGUGCAUGGGACUCAAUUGACUGGGCGGACGUGCCGAUGACAUCAUCAUCAUCAACGAAGAGGAAAUUCGACGUGUUAAAAAAGACAUCAAACAAGGGACUUAAAAAAACAAAAAAACAAUCGGGAUUCUUGUUCGUGUGAAUGGAAAUGAAAGAAGCUCGACUGAUUUGAAACAAGCAAACAAAAAAAAAACAAAAAAAAAAAAGGAAAUCGAAUGACUCCACCCGAAAAUCGGAAGAACUUCGGUGCUAUUUUCUCUUCUGUGGUGCUACAUACACUUUGCUGCGUAUUGUACGUUUUGUUUUUUGUUUUUCUCAACACAGCCAUCUGUUUGAAUUUCGGGAACAAAUUGGAGGGACGAGAAAUAAACCAAAGAGCAUUUUCUGUUUUUUUUUUCGAGUUGCUGUUGUGAAGAAAAACCAUGCCAAAAAAAAAAAAAAAAGAGAGAGCUUUAAAGUCAACGCUUUGUUUGGGAAAGGUGCUUUUUUUCCUUCUUCUGAAACAGGUUUUUAUUUUAAUAAUAAUAAAUGUUCAACCUAUGCACUCUUUUACGCUUAUGACCACUACUAUCUUACCACAGAAUUUUCUACAGCCCUUCACAGACAUUUUUCUUCCCGUUCAUGUGUUUUGCUCAUUGUUAAAAUAUAAUAAAAACCGAAUAAACAAAUAUGUGACUUGAACAAUUUCUCCAUAUGCUUUGUAGAUGUUUUCACUAUAAAACGGACGCAUUUCCUGUUUGUUUUCCAGAAGCAGCCAUUGUUCUGAUUUUAUUUUUAACUUUUUUUUUUUGUCUGUCUGUUUGUCAAGCCUGUGUACGGACAAAAAAAAAAAAAAAAAAAAAAAAAAAAAAAAGGAGUAGAAGAACCAUUAGGUUUUUUUUCCCUCUUGAUUUUUUUUUUUUUGGUUUUGUUUUCAAAAUGUCAAUAAAUCCAAGUUUACUGUGGCCAUCCACUCCUUUGUAUGUCUUUUGAAGCAUUAAAACUCAUCUGUAUGCAUGAAAUGGUUAUGUUUGCUCUCUUGUUGUCGUCACCCUAAUAUAUUUAUUGUAUUAUUUAAUAAACCAAAUAAAAAAUAUACUUCUCAAAUGCAAGUGUAAAGAAGCCA